AUGGCGUUUCCACGGAUUGCCAUUGGCUGUGGCCAUGACAAUGCUGGCUCUUUUGAUUCUAAGGUUUCUGGGAUUGUUGGGCUCAGUCAUGGUUCAGCUUCGCUUGUCCAGCAGAUGGGGCCGGCCACCGGCGGAAAAUUCUCUUACUGUUUGGCACCCAUCGGAAACUCUAACUACUCGAGCUAUCUUAACUUCGGCUCUAAUGCUGUCGUCUCUGGCUCUGGAGCCGUCUCAACUUCGAUUUAUACUAGCGAAGGCGACUACAAAAUUUUCUACAUCCUGAAAAUAAAAGCAAUGAGUGUUGGAAGCAACAAAUUUAAUUUUCCGAGGUCUUCACCAUUUGGAACAAAUGGGAAUAUCAUUAUUGACUCUGGCACGACGCUUACAUUCUUACAACCGGACAUCUUUGCUAGCUUCUCCCAGGCGAUUUCCGAGGUGAUGGACUUGAAGUCUACGACUAGUCCAAUUGAAACCUUGGAGUAUUGCUAUGAGAGCACCACCGACGACUAUAAGGUGCCGCCUGUCACAGCGCACUUUAAAGUUGGCGACGUGAAUCUCAAGCGAGAAAACCUGUUCAUUAGAGUGGCGGACGACGUCGUUUGCUUAGUAUUUGUUGGCAACAACGGGAAAAACAACAUGCAAAUCUAUGGCAAUGUUGCGCACAGACUAACUUCUUGGUUGGCUAUGAUAUCAAAAAAUCGUCUGUUUCUUUCAAGCCAGCAAAUUGUGCUGCCUCGUGAUUAUCAUGUCGUUGUUAUUAUGAUUUUCUAUUGUUUGAACGACUUACGUUCUUCAUUUUAA